GAAUAAGUGAGUCACAAACUCGAUUAAUCCGGAGAAGAUGUUUGACUUGUCCAAGGAGUGGGACAUCUCCUUCGCAGGCUGCGGCUUCAUGGGGAUUUACUACGUCGGUGCUAGCAGCUGUAUCCUGGAACGGUUUCCGCGAUUCAUACAAGACGCCUCUAAAUUCUACGGUUCAUCGUCAGGUGCUCUGAUGGCUGCGACUCUCGCCACUGGGAUCCCUCUGGAAAAUUGCUGUGCAGAUUUGAUGUCCAUGGCCAGAGAGGCCAGAAGGCACAGACUCGGGCCUCUACACCCGGCGUUCAACCUGCUGCACAUGGUUCAGACCUCUCUGCAGGAAUCACUCCCUGAAGACGCUCACGUCCGAGCCUCUGGACGACUGUGCGUGUCCCUGACCAGAAUGCCUGAUGGGAAGAACGUCCUGGUGUCUGAUUUUGGCAGCAGGGAUGAGCUCAUUCAGGUUCUAUUGUGCAGUUGUUUUAUUCCUCUCUACUGCGGCGUGGUCCCACCCACCUACAGAGGACUGCACUACGUGGACGGUGCCGUCAGCGACAACCUGCCCCGGUGUUACCUGAAGAACACCGUGACCUUUUCGGCCUACGCUGGUGAGAGUGACAUCUGUCCUCCUGCAGGAACCAUGAACCUGCACGAGGUGCGCUUCAACAACGUCAGCAUCCACCUCAGCUCAGAGAACAUUUACAGAGUGACCAGCACCUUCUUUCCACCUGAGGCCGAGGUCAUGUGUAAAUUCUGCCAAAAUGGUUAUCAAGAUGCUCUUCGCUUCCUCCAUGAGAACAAUCUGAUAACUAGUGAAAGUCCAAGAGGUUUGGAGACAGACUCGUCCUCACCUGCAUGUGGGGAGCUGGAGCAGAAAACAGAGGAGGAGGAAGAGGAGGAAGGAGAAGAGGAGAGGAGCACAGGUCAGGAUGGGUUCCAUCGUGGGCUCACAGAGGAGCUCCCACUCCACAUCAGAAGAGCGUUGUAUGACGCCUGUAGAGAAUCACGUUCAGCUGAUGGUCUGUCGCCCCACGUGGUUGAACACCUACCAAAGAAAGUCACUUCGUACCUGCAGCUUCUGCCAUCGCUGCCUGUUGUGUCCGCGCGCAGACUGGUGGACUGGAUCUCAGAUGUACCUAAAGACAUGAGUUGGCUGUAUGGCAUGGCUGAAGGGAUACUGUACAAACCCUCAGAGAAGAACACGGUGGAUGACGGUGAUGACAGGGAGUCCACUCUGUCCAGAUGUCUGGAAAGUCUGCCAUUAGGCUUGAAUGGGUCCAAUAAAGAAAUAGACAGUGCAGACACUCCACCUGGCACCCCUGAAAACACACCCAAACCCAGCUUGGUCUUCCCCUGGCACACAGACAGUGAGGUGGACCACAUGCCUCUGACUCCUCCCCCCACACCAUCUAUUUGCCACGCCUCAGAAUUUGGGGAAGCAAACACAGAAUCGCCGAACGACACCGGCGGAGGCUGGGGUCUGGGCAGAGCCAUGGGGCUGAUUCGGAACAUUGCGUCGGAGCAAACCUCGAGAAAACAGGAGAACAAAUGAGGUGUUGAUCGUUUCUGCAUUUUAGUAAAUAUUUUUCAUACUGUAAUUAGAAGCAAAAUGUGGAAAGUUGAAUAAAUUGAAUGCAAACCGUG